AUGCAGGAUAUCAACGGUCCCGUUGGCCAGUCCGGCCCGAGUGGUGGCCGCUUCGGCCACGCUUCGAAGCCUUCCAACAGUGAAACCGGCUUCUCCCACGGCGCCUUCACCUCCAACAUCAGCGGUUUUGGCGACCGUCACCCACGCCGCACGAAUGUUCCGGCCAUCAACACGCAGCCGAUGAACCAGGCCCCCCCGGCAACGACUACUGCCGACAUGGCCACUCCCGGCACUGCCUUCGACAUGCAGUUCACGCCCCUGCUUCCGUCGCAGCUACUUCUCGGCAGCCCGUUCCAGCCGGGAACGCCGGCGGCCUUUGCGUCGUCGCAGUUCCAGGGCCAGCUGAGCUACCAGCAGCUCCAACAGCUGCAGCAGCUUCAGCAACAGCAGAACCAGCAGCAGGGCCAGCAGGCCAACGGCCAGAACAAUGGCGUCAUCGGCCAGCAGCAGCAGAGCCCCAUUCAGCAGUCGAUGUCGCCCCAGGGCUACCAGACCCUGGUGUCGCCGUCGACGUAUGGCGCUCCGCAGUUCUACUCGCCGCAGUCUCCGAGCGGUGCGUUUGGCAACAUUGGCGGCCAGAUGCAGGUGCCCAUGCAGCCCACGUCUCCGGUGGGCAUGGGCCCGGGCAUUGUCGGUGGCACCAGCCGCACGGUGUACCUGGGCAACAUUCCGGCCGAUACGCCGGCCGACGAGCUCCUGGGACACGUGAGGAGCGGGCAGAUCGAAUCGGUGCGUAUGCUGCCGGACAAGAACUGCGCGUUCAUCUCGUUCCUGGAUGCGAGCUCGGCGACGCACUUCCACUCUGAUGCCAUCUUGAAAAAGCUCUGCAUCAAGGGACAGGACGUCAAGGUGGGCUGGGGCAAGCCGUCGCAGGUGCCGACAUCUGUGGCUCUUGCGGUGCAGCAGUCGGGAGCGUCCCGGAACGUGUACCUGGGCAAUCUGCCGGAGGAGAUCACGGAGGAGGAGCUGCGCGAGGAUCUGGGCAAGUUCGGGGCGAUCGACACGAUCAAGCUGGUGCGGGAGAAGAACAUUGCGUUUGUGCACUUCCUCUCAAUCUCCAACGCGAUCAAGGCGGUGACGCAGCUGCCGCAAGAGCCCAACUGGCAGAGCCCGCGCCGGGUGUACUACGGCAAGGACCGGUGUGCGUACGUGUCGAAGACGCAGCAGCAGAACGCGGCGCAGUACCUCGGAAUUGCACCGGGCUAUGCACACAUGCUGACGGGCGCGGACCGGGAUGUGAUCUCGAACGCGCUGGCCCAGCAGUCAGUAGCAGCGGCUGCCGUGGCGACGACGGCAGGCGGCAUCAGCAACCUGGGCAACCGGACGAUCUACCUGGGCAACAUUCACCCGGAGACGACAAUUGAGGAGAUCUGCAACGUGGUCCGCGGCGGUCUGCUGCACCACAUCCGGUACAUUCCAGACAAGCACAUCUGCUUUGUGACGUUCAUCGACCCGACGGCGGCAGCGUCGUUCUACGCGCUCAGCAACCUGCAGGGCCUGAUGAUCCACAACCGGCGUCUCAAGAUCGGCUGGGGCAAGCACUCGGGCGCGUUGCCGCCGGCGAUUGCGCUGGCAGUCAGUGGCGGUGCGUCGCGCAACGUGUACAUUGGCAACCUGGACGAGACCUGGACGGAGGAGCGUCUGCGGCAGGACUUUUCAGAGUACGGCGAGAUCGAGCUGGUGAACACGCUGCGCGAGAAGAGCUGUGCGUUUGUCAACUUUACCAACAUUGCGAACGCGAUCAAGGCGAUCGAGGCUGUGCGCAGCAAAGAGGAGUACCGCAAGUUCAAGGUCAACUUUGGCAAGGACCGCUGCGGCAACGCGCCGCGUCAGCUGCAGCAGCAGGGUGGCGCUGUGCAGUCGCCACGGGGUGAGACAGGCAGCAUUCCAUCGCCGCCGCCGAACGGAUCGAGCCAGAACGGCAACUCGCCGACCAACGCGACAUCGCCGGGCAACCCGCCGCCAUCGGCAACGCUGUUCAACUCGACGAACAACGCGCUGACGAUGUACCUGAGCCACGUGUCGCAGCAGGCGGUGCAGCAGCAGCAACAGCAGCAGGUGAUGGCGCAGCAGGCGGGCCUCUACGGAUCGUCGACUCCGCAGCCGGGCGAGAUGGCGAUGGAAGUGCCGCAGGGCCCGAUGAUGUCUGGACACCAGCAGUCGGCGAGCAUGUCGAACGGCUUUGUAACGGACGGCCCGGCAGCGGCGAACGGGGCCAGCACGAUUGGCGGGCUGCUGGCGCCAGGCAACGGGCGGGGACAACACAACCGGGCGGUCAGCCUGCCUGUGCUUGCUCCCGGAUUUGAGAAUGGUGGCGCAGGCACGAACGGGGUGUCUGGCAACGGACCGGAGCGUCGUGGCCACCAGUACCAGGCGAGCUUUGGCGGGAUGGGGGCUGGAUUUGGCCUGGCGAUUCAGGGUGGACUGAACGGCUGGGUGGAAGAGGAGGUUGCGAACUAG